AUCAAAACAACUCUUUCUACUUCCGGUGCCUCAGGCCUCCGGUUUCCGGAGAGUGGAGUCUUGUACGUUCUCGCGAGAAGCGGGAAAGGGCGCAGGGUUUGAAAGAUGGCGGACGACGUGGACCAGCAACAAACCACCAACACCGUAGAGGAGCCGCUGGAUCUCAUCAGACUCAGCCUGGAUGAGCGGAUCUAUGUGAAAAUGAGGAACGACCGAGAGCUUCGAGGCAGAUUACAUGCUUAUGAUCAGCAUUUAAACAUGAUAUUGGGAGAUGUGGAAGAAACUGUGACCACUAUAGAAAUUGAUGAAGAGACAUAUGAGGAGAUAUACAAAUCAACAAAACGAAAUAUCCCAAUGCUGUUUGUCCGGGGAGACGGUGUUGUGCUAGUUGCCCCUCCACUAAGAGUUGGUUGAAAUGGAAAUUUUUUCCUGUGUGGCAACAUUGGGCUGUUUAACUGCAUCAGACAUUCAGGGGACAAGGCUGCACACAUAUUUGAUACCAGGGGAUGUAUUCACCAGUGAAAUGCGUUGAUUUGCAAAAACCUUGUAACAUUUUAAGUUAAG